UCUGCUUCCCAAGUGCAAAUCGCAGUCGUCAGAGACAGAAAUAUUUGAAGCAGAAAUGAAUGGAAACGAGAAUCACGGCUUUGAACACUCGGCAGCGGAAAGGAUGUCACCUCCUCAGACACAGAAGGAAAAGGGCUAUGGACAGGUGGAGAAAAAGCCCAUUUCGCUGCUGAAGAUUUUCCUGCUGUGUCUCCUGGCGAGCGUUAUCACCACCGCGGUGGGAGUUCUGAUUCUGGCUCUCGUGUACGUCACCGAGUAUCGCCCUCAGUCCUCCUCGCAGCCCCAGAUCGAGAUCGAGAGCCCCACGGAUAGCAGGGUGGACAUCAAAUACAGCUUCCUGAAUCACUUGGACAAAUCAAAGGUUUUCGAGUUGCCCGGUGGAGCCAUUCAGUGGGCACGUUACCGCAAAGACACGAGCGCAUACGAGGAUGAGAUAUCGAUGCAGUUUGGGCGAAGCAUCAAUGAAAGACGGUCUAAAAUGACCAUCGGCACCCUGCGUAUCAAAAGCAAUGGUCUCCGGCUCCCACACUGGCAUUUUAAUGCCAAUGAACAUGGAUACUUGCAACAGGGCAAGGCAUGGAUUGGUGUGGUGGAUGAUGGGACUAACAUAGUGGCGACGUACAACAUCACAGCCGGGCAGCUCUUUUUCUUCCCGAAGAACACUCUUCACUGGGUGAAGAACGUGGGUGACGAGGACUGUGUCUUUGUCCUCUUCUUCACGACCCAUGAACAACUGCUGACCUUAGACAUCGAUGACACAUUUUUCUCCACACCUGAGGACAUCGCCUCCAGAUCAUUGAAGCCGGAAGGAGGAGUCAAGUUCAUUAGGAGCUUCUCCAAACAAAAGGAGGACCAAGGGAUCAAUCUCCCAGCCAACCUGAAGGACCUCGUGACCAACGCCAGUUACGUACAGUCGCCGGACACCAUCGUGUGGAAAUACUUUUACGACCUUCCAGGCUCCACACAGUUUGUGUAUCCCGGUGGGAUUAUCCAGUGGGCGAGAUACCGGAGCUCGCCCACAAACCUGACAGAGAACGAGAAGAUUUACGGUGAAUCCGUACACGAGCACGCAGACACCCUGACAAUGGGCACGCUACGGAUUUACAGCAACGGCCUGCGGCAGCCGCACUUCCACUUCAACGCUAACGAGAUGGGCUACGUGGUCAGUGGCUGUGGACAGGUGGGAAUAAUUGGGACCUCAGUCACGGAUUUCCAGAUAAACGUCGGUGAUGUCUUCUUCUUCCCCAUUGGGACCCAGCAUUACAUCCAGAGCUCGUGUACCGAGGAUCUCCUGCUGAUUCUCGGCUUCACCACUGGAGACCAGCUGGAGACCUUGGACAUGGAUGAUUAUUUCAAUGCGGCAGCUGAUCACAUCCUAGCCCAGGCCUUCCACAAGCCCCAGAACGAAUUCCAGAAGAUCCCAGUCUUCAAGGAUGACCAGGCUGUGAAUAUUCCUUGAACCCGGAAUAGCUCAGCAACCGCUCAUUGUUCAAUGGAAAGUGUGAAUGAACAUGUAAAGUGUGAACGUCUCUGGCUGGGGUGUGGCCGGGGGGAGGUGGGUAAAGGAAAAAACACUAGUUCAAUGGCUUAGCGGAUAAACACAACCCAUGAUGCGUUACUGAGCAGGACACACAUAAACCAUCGGGGGUUUGAUCCAUUAAAUGGAUACCCACUCCAGCUCACUGAGCCAGCAUGGAACCUCAGUGUCCUGGUUGACUCUCAACUGUCCUUUAAACCCCACAUCCCUGCCAUGACCCGUUCCGCCUUCCCCCACAACGUUGCCGGCCUCUGCCACUGCCUCUCCCCUCGGGCCACCACCCUGAUGAAUACUUUUAUUCAGAUUCCAUUACUCUAGUUCUCUGCUUGCUAACUCUUCCCUCCACCAGCUGAAGAUCAUUCAUGGAGUCCUG